UUUACUGCUGUUACCAUCAUCACUGCCUUCAGUGACCAAGGGCCUUCCAAGGUGCCAGCUCUGGAACGAAGGAUGCCCUUGGGAGGUGAUGACACUCAGGUUGAUGGGCGGAUGGCUACAUGGAUGUGAUGGAGAUGGUUUACUAUCGGGACCUUCCGUAUCCUGCUGAUGCUUUGUUGCUUAAGAUAUGAAUGGCUGAGCAGAGGCUGUAAAACCUGGCACUCUGCUUGGGUUAUCAAUACUCUGGCUGACCUUCGUCAUCGUGGAACUGACUUUGGUGGAAGUCCUUGGUUACGUAUCAUUACUGUGUUUCUGAGAAGUUAUAAAUUUGCCAUCUCCCUCUGCACAAGUUACCUUUCUGUGUCUUUCCUGAAGACUAUCUUCCCGUCUCAAAAUGGACAUGAUAGAUCCACGGAUGUACAGCAGAGAGCCAGGAGGUCCAACCGCCAUAGACAGGAAGGAAUUAAAAUUGUCCUGGAAGCCAUCUUUACUUUAUGGAGACAGGUGGAAACCAAAGUUUGAGCUAAAAUCCAUAAGAUGAAGGUGACAACAAAAGUCAACCGUCAUGACAAAAUCAAUGGAAAGAGGAAGACCGCCAAAGAACAUCUGAGGAAACUAAGCAUCAAAGAACGUGAGCAUGCAGAAAAGGAGAGGCAGCUAUCAGAGGCAGAGGAAAAUGGGAAAUUGGAUAUGAAAGAAAUACACACCUACAAGGAAAUGUUUCAACGUGCGCAAGUGUUGCGGCGGCGGGCAGAGGACUACUACAAAUGCAAAAUCCCCCCUUCUGCAAGAAAGCCUCUUUGCAACUGGGUCAGAAUGGCGGCAGCGGAGCAUCGUCAUUCUUCAGGAUUGCCCUACCAGCCCUACCUCACAGCUGAAACUUUAAAAAACAGGAUGGGCCGCCAGCCACCUCCUCCAACUCAACCACGUUGUAUAAUUCAUAGCACCCUGAGCCUCAAGACACCUCCCAAGUGUCUGCUCCAUCCCCUUCCACCCUCAGCUCCACCCUCAGUGGAUGAUAAUCUCAAGACACCUCCCGAGUGUCUGAUCACUCCCCUUCCACCCUCAGCUCCACCCUCAGUGGAUGAUAAUCUCAACACACCUCCCGAGUGUGUGCUCUAUCCCCCUCCACCCUCAGCGGAUGAUAAUCUCAAGACAACUCCCGAGUGUCUGAUCACUCCCCUUCCACCCUCAGCGGAUGAUAAUCUCAAGAAACUAACAAAGAAUAAAUAAAUAAUAUAAAAAUAAAAUGAA